AUGAACUCGCGCGAGGCCCUCCAGCAGUUCCUCAACGCGCCUCUGCCGGCGCACCUGGUCGGCCGCAAACGAGUACCCAACUUCGAAGGCCUGGACGACGAGAACUGGGCGCAGCUCUACCACGCCUACGGCUCCGCAUUGGAUGUGCCUCGUUUGAUCCGUGGCCUCGCCUCGCCCCAACCUAAGCUGCAGCUGGCUUGCCUUCACCAACUCAACGGCAAUGUCAUCCAUCAGGGGACAAGGUACCCCUCGGCGGUGGUGGUCGCCAAGUGGGUGGCCCACCUCCUCGAGUACGAGGCCGUGCCCAACAAGCAUCUGCUCCUCGAGGUUGGUUGCUCAGCCGUCCCCUCCCCCUAUUGUCCCACCUCUCCACUGCCCACCAUGACCAUGCCGCCCACCUACUAG